AUGUUUCGAUCUGUAUCAAGGCGAAAUGCUUGGAGUGGUCUAAUUCCAAGUGAGUAUACUUUCAUGGUGGAGUAUGAUAGUUCUCUGAACUAUGAUUAUUACAUGUUUAGGAUACCAAAUCAUGUUCUUAAAUUGAAAAAAGAUGCUCUUAUUAUUUUGCUAAAGAACAUAAAUCAGAUUACACUCAAAUUUGAAAUCGCAGAGACUAGCGCGAAAUUCUUCUCCAUCUCUGUUUCUUCACUUGUAUCAAUCGCUUGGCAGAUAGCAGGUUCGCGAUAUGAGGAUUCAAAGCUUGUAAAGAAAAGUGCAUCCAACUCCAACAAAGAUGAUGUGAUGCUUGAAGAGGAGCAACGAAUGCAUUCUGUUCCCCAUUACUCCAUGCUGUUCUUGGAGAGGAGCAAAAUGGAAAUGAAUUAUAAUAUACAGUCCCCAUCCUUGCUAUUAACAUCUUUUUCUGAAUUUCACAACCACCCAGGUGGAUCAAUUUUGGCCCCAUUUGCUGACUCUUUCGCUCCUUUGUAUUUUGCACCGAGAGACAUUAAGGAAGUUAUGUCAACUGAGCAGCCUUGUGAUUUAGCAUAUGAAUUUGGGGAUGGACUUUUUGAUGUGAAAGAAUUCCCACAAUGCUUUCCAAAACCUGUUAAACAUCCUUACCCUUUCAACGAUCAACUUGUUAUAUAUAUCCGUCAUAUAGGUCCAGGGGUUUGUAUAGGUCAAGCAUGGCAAGAGGGAACAAAGAUAGAGCAAGUGCCACGGAAAUUAUGCAGCGAAAUUUUAAUGGUGAAGGAUUAUAGAUCAUUGUGAGAUCAUUGAAUGAAUUAUUUGUUAUACAGCUUGCAUCCAAUAUUUGCUGUUUUAGUUAGAGAUGGAACAGAGUGUAUAGCUUGUUAAGAGAAUUGCAUGGUGUCAGAGGUAAGGUAACUUUAUUGAGAAGUGACUGCCAGUGUGUUUCGAUCAUAGCAAUGUAUUUAUAUCCUUAUUCAGAUUCAAGGUAGUUUGUACUUUAUAGACAUUGAUUAUUCUGGUUGAAAAAUGAAUACAAGUAGUUACAUUAGUUGUUUAUUUGAAAUUCAAAAUGUAAUGAUUUUGUUAGGAGUGUACUUACAUAUUCACCUUUAUUCACAUCAGCAUGCAAUAAACAGAAACACUGUAGUUACAACUUAU